UGUCCGCUGUGGUGUUAACUUUGGGAUGCAGAAAAUUCUUAAACAGUACCGCAAUUAAUGCGUUUGUCGCUCACACAGAAUGACAGUGAUAUAUUCUUGAAAGAGAAAAGACUGUCUCUUACAUGCAUGAUUGUCUCAUGAGCGGAGAGACCUUGUUCAACAGAAAUCCCGUACUGGAUUGCUGUGGAGGCUUGAAUAACGUGGAUUACAGUCAGAUGGACAUGUCUGUGUUCGCAGACCUGUCGAGAUUCGCAGACCUGACAGAACCCAGAUUCUGUGUUGCUGUCAUUGCUAUCAUUUUCAACCCUUUCUUCUGGAAUGUGAAAUAUGUCCGAGGACCCCAUAGCUCCCCUUGGCAGUCCCCUGGGGGUCCCAGAGCUCAGUUUGAAAAUCGCUGGACAACAGUUGCCAGAUGGGAGCACAGGACACAGGGCCUGACACGACUUUUCGGUGGACCUUAUGAAGCCUGUUAUUUCCUUGGUGUGCUUAUUCUCCUCCUCAAUGUUUACCGUAGUCACAGUAUUACAGUUGCUAUGAAGGGACAGCCUCGCUGGGAGCUGCUGGAUAAUGUACAGGUGUACUAUGCAGGAGCAGCUCUCAUGGCACUGGGUUCACUGUUUGUUAUCAGCAGUUUCCUGGCACUGGGCUUUACCGGCACUUUUCUGGGUGACUAUUUUGGCAUCCUCAUGGAUCAAAAGGUGACUGGAUUUCCUUUUAAUGUGAUGGACAACCCCAUGUACUGGGGCAGCACUGCUAACUACCUUGGCCUGGCCUUAAUGAAUGCCAGUCCUAUAGGGGUGGUCCUGACUGCAGUGGUGGGUUUGUCCUACAGGAUAGCUAUUGCGUAUGAGGGACCAUUCACGGAGGAGAUGUAUCGACAGAUGAGCCAGCGCUGCAAGCACAAAUAGAAAUCGAGCGUGUUUAAGGAUGACACCAAACUUCCUGACUCAUGGAUACUGCUGACACUGCUAGAUCUUAGAUAGGCAAAUGGAGACUUGUGGAUGGAGACGGGGGAUGCCCAUCAAUUUCAAAUGUAACACUGAUGCAUUUACAACAUCCAAAUGACGUGGAACUGUGGUCAUGACCUGUGUUACCCUGAACAGGGUACGGUUACUUAUUGAUUUGUAAAUGAUCACAGCUGAAAACUGCACAUGAACAAUAAUUUGAAACUGAUAUGUGGAAAAUUCAUUGACAUAUACAACUCUUACCGCAAUUUUUUUUAAAUUUAAAAAUAGAAGGCAGACUGUGAAUGCAAUGACAAUCUUUGAUGGUAGCAAUCAAAUAUUUAUUUUUUCUGUAUCUGUCCAAUCUGUAGUUUGUUCUUUUUGACAUCAUUUAUCAUAACCAUAAAAGAUGCAAUUGUUGUUGUAGUUUUUCCAUAAUCCAUUCCUUAUGCACAGUAAAUCCAGGUUGAAAUCAGCUAUUUUAUGGUCUAUUUGUUGUAUUGCAACGAGAUUGUAAAGCUUUGAUCUGUUUAACUUGAAUAAGUAUUGGAUAAGUACGUUCUCCUCAGUUUCCUUCCAAAGGUCAUAUAAAUACAUAUCCUGAUGAACACUUAUGUUCUUUUUCUUGCCAGCCUUAAUGGUACUGGUAUCCAAAACCCCACUCAUAAAUCUAAUGUUAUACAAGACAUUGCUUAUUUAAUAUACACCAAUCAGCCACAACAUUAUACUUUGUCAGUUCAAACCAGUCUGGCCAUUCUCUGUUGACCCCUCUCAUCAAUAAGGCAUUUCCAUCCACAGAACUGCCACUCACUGAUUUUUAUGUUUUGUUUUUGGCACCAUUCUGAGUAAAUUCUAGAGACUGUUGUGCAUGAAAAUCCCAGGAGAUCAGCAGUUACAGAAAUACUCAAACCAGCUCGUCUAGCACCAACAAUCAUGCCACGGUCCAAAUCACUAAGAUCACAUUUUUUCCACAUUUUGAUGGUUGUUGUGAAUAUUAACUGAAGCUCCUGACCCAUAUCUGCUUGAUUUUAUGCACUGCUGCCACACGAUUGACUGAUUAGAUAAUUGCAUGGAUGAAUGUUGGUGCCAGAUGGGCUGGUUUGAGUAUUUCUGGAA